AUGUCGCAAGAUACUGGGCUUUUCAGUAUUAAGCGCCCCCGAGAAACUCUCGGGAGUGUGCAGAAUUUCUCCGCCAUCCCCCAACCGCAGUCGGCAUUGAAGCGCGCAAGCUCGAUCGGAUUUCAAAACGCCCCGUACAGCUCUCAGAACCACCGCACUUCCUUGAUGGGCUCCACUGGUCGCCCGCAGCAGCCUAAUUUUACGCGCAUGUCAAUUGGUGGACCAUAUGGCGCUGAUGCCGGUCUUUCGUCGGUUCGCCGAUCAGUGUCGAGUAACAUGUUCAAUGGCCCCAGUGCCAGUCGGCAGAGUUUCGCGCCAGGGUCUCUUUCCUCCAACCCUGCGCCCCCUCAAAACCCGCAGCGCAGAAGCAGUGUAUUUUCGCGACCAUCCACGGGAGGAGGACCGAUGGGACAUCAAUCGUUCUUCACUCAAGUUCCCACCGUCGCCGGUGUUCCCAGAGACCCGCGCCCUCUCAGGGACCGAUCUUUCCAGGCACGUAUUGGCCAGGAACUGUUGGAGUAUUUGACUAUUCAUGGGUUUGAGUUGGAAAUGAAACAUUCAUUGGGGCAGAACACUCUUCGCUCACCGACCCAAAAGGAUUUCAACUUUAUCUUCCAGUGGCUCUAUCAUCGGAUCGAUCCAGGAUACAAAUUCCAAAAAUCAAUGGACUCCGAAGUACCGCCAAUCCUGAAACAACUAAGGUACCCGUAUGAGAAGGGCAUUACAAAGUCACAAAUUGCAGCCGUUGGUGGCCAGAACUGGUCGACCUUCCUCGGGAUGCUACAUUGGUUGAUGCAGUUGGCACAAAUGAUGGAUCGCUAUCAGUCCGGCGAGUAUGAUGAUGCCUGCGCCGAGGCGGCCUACCACGAUUGGUUGCAGGGUGGCGAAGACGAGGAUGAUGACACCGCAGAGAAGCGGUUGAUUCCUCACGUUGAAAACAUGUCGCGAGAAUUCGCUCUUGGCAACGAGCGGUACGUGCAGGAAAUGGAGGCACUAGAGGCGGAAAACCGGGCUCUUCGCGACCAGAUCGAAGAAGUGGAGAAGAGUGCUCCCGACAUCGCCAAGUUGGAUAAACACUUCCGCAUCUUGGAGGACGACAAGAGGAAAUUUGAGGAUUAUAACCAGAACGUCAAAGGCAAAAUUGAAAAAUACGAGACUCGCAUCAAAUUCCUCGACGCGGAGAUCCAAAAGACCGAUACCGAUCUCCAGGCCACUGAAGCUGAGCGUUCUGAUCUCCAGGCAAGUGUUGACCGCCAAGGCAUCACUAUCCAGGAUAUCGACCGCAUGAACUCGGAGCGAGAACGCCUGCAGAAGAAUCUCGAAGAUACCGUGGCUCGCCUCGAAGAGGCCCAUGCCCGUGUCAUGGAGAAGGAAGCGGAAGCUAGCCAGAAACUGGAAGAUCUGGAACAGAUUGUGAAAGCUUACAAUACUCUUGGAUACCAGACUAGCUUGAUUCCCGCGGGUGCCGAGAACGCCAAGGGCCAAGACUAUGAGCUUCGUCUAAAUAUCACUGAGAGCAAUUUCUCCGCGAGCCAGAUUGGUGGCCCUCCCAGCCGAAUUUCUCCCGAGGGUGAUCGCCUAUUGGCGGAGUCUUUCACUGGCUACCACCCGGCGCAUUUGCUCAGUUUGGAUCUACGGGGCUCUGUCCGAAACAGCCUGCAAUCACUCCGGAAAGAGAUCAAUGAACGACGGAAGCAAGGGAUCGAUGACGACCUUGAGCGUCGUAAUCUACUGGAUAACAUCAAAGAGGCAAUGGAUGAGAAAAGGAGCGAGGUUGAAGCCCUGGAGCAUCGCCGCCGGGCAGCAGAGGAAGAGUUUGAACGAACAAAGGAAAUCACGACUACUCAGAAGCUUGCCUCGGAUGCCCAAAUUGAGAAGAUGGAGAAAGAGUUGGCGAAGAUGCGCGCUACGCUCAGUGACAGUGUACAGUUGAUGGAGCAGCGCGAGAUGAACACCAAUAUCGAAUACGAACAACUGACGCUUCGGGCAAAUUCUCUCCGAGAAGAGUUGCACACUAACGUCGAAACAAUGCUUAAUGACGUGAUUCGCUUCAAGGUACAUGUUCAAAAAGGUCUUGAGGACUACGAGAGCUUUGUUGUCGAUGAAGUGGAGCAAGAGCUUGGAGGUGAAGGGGUCAUUGAAGAGGAGCUUUGA